AUGGAUGCCUUAGAGACCCUCGGUGAGAAGGAGAACGCCAAGAAGAAAGCAACCAAGAAAAACAAGAGGAGGCUGGAGAACCUCGAAGACUGCACCAGCUACGAAAAGACGGUCACUGAAGGCUGUGCAGAGCUGAAACAUAGCGCCAAAAGAAGCAAGGGAAGAGAUGAGAACCACACAAACAAAGCUGAUCGUGAGCAAGAGGUUUCGAAACACGAUAAGAAUAAGGUGGAUGGCGUUGAAGGAUUUACGGAACACAAAAAUCAGAAGGACUGCAUUGACAUAAAAGACAAGAAAACGAUGAGCAUGGAGUAUUUUUAUCCGGUUAUGGGUCGUACAAAGAAGAGGGAGAGGCAGGACAAGGACGGCGACGAGAAGCAGGAGAAGAAGAGGAAGAGGCAGGAUAUAGAGGAAACGGGAAACCAGGACAAGAAGAGAAAGAGGGUGGUCAAGGAGGACAACAAGAGACAGGGCAAGAAGAGGAAGAGGCAGAUCAAGGAAGACGACGAGAAACGGGACAUGAAGAAGAAGAGGCAGGACACGGAGGAAACGGAAAACCAGGACAAGAAGAGGAAGAGGCAGGACACGGAGGACGACGAGAAGCAAGACAAGAAGAGGAAGAGGCAGGUCAACGAGAAGCAAGACGAAGAGGAAGAGGCAGAUCAAGGAGGACGACGAGAAGCAGGAGAAGAAGAGGAAGAGGCAGGACGCGGAGCACGACGAGAAGCAGGCAAAGAGUAA